UUUCUUUAUAUUCUGAUCUGAAAGCUUGAUAUUCUAAGCAUUUUUGGUACCAAUGAUUAAGAUGGGUAUCUAAAAGAACAACAGAUUCCCUUUUCCCCCUUCUUUUCGAAUCACUGUUUAUUGAUAUUGUUAUAUGCUUUGCCCUUUUUCAUUGUCAUUUUUUGUGUUUUGUACUUAUUUUGAAUUCCAAACUUGAAAAUAUGUACCGGUAAGUAUGUUGAUUUAUACAAGAAAAGCAUCUUAUAGUGUUUGAUAAGCAGUGCAGGUUUCACAGGAGAAUGAACCCUUGAACCAGUUGAAUUGUAUAUUAAAGAGAAAAAUCAUAAAAACUUUAUAAAACUAUAUAAUAAUGGAAGUUUGAGCAAAUUGGAAUUAUGAGCCCUGGAAGACCCUUCGAACGUCAGUUUCUGCACACAGUGGCCUUGGAUUUCCCAUUAACCGUUAUUAAUUGCAUUGCCAGGAUAUGCCCCGUAUAGUAAUUCCGAUAUGUUUCAUGCUGAGAUAAACCAUUAAACUAAAUAAUCAUGGAUGAAGCGCAUAAAAAACGAAUUUGAUCCAACUUGUUAAUGUGUAGUCGUUGUCAUGCGUAUAAAUGCAAUUAUGAGCUCCAUUCGCUUCAGAACUUUCAUUAGCAUUAUGGUAUAAUAAAGCAAUAUCAUGUUGUGGCAAUGGUGUCAUGGUAGGGCCUAAUGGAUAGGGGGGGGGUGACUGGUCAUGAACGUUCUGUCAAAGUAAUAACAAUUCAAUCCAGAUAUCAUUAAAAAAAUAUUGUGCAUGCGCAGCUAGUCGUGAAGGUGGGCCGCGGAGUACAUAGAUAUACAUAUUGGAAAGUCGAGAUCUCAGACAGCCAAUCCAAAUGUUGUGACAACGUCACCGAUUUUAUAAUCCUUUUGAACAUAAAUACCAUUCGUCUAUGUCUAUAAGAUCUGAAUAUCAGUUGACAUUACUAUCAUUACUGCUUUAAAAAAAGAGAUCCAUUUUAUACUUUCAAAUUGAAAUUGAUGAUAGAGCACCAAAUAUAUCUUUUUAAGUUAACGCCUAAUAAUUUCUAAUUUCUUUAUCUGAACAGCCUUAUGCCAAAAUGGAUUCAUAAAACAGGUCUGAUCGAAGUGAGACGCCAGCAAGAAGGCAUUCCAUUUCUGCAGUUUGAUUUUUUUCACAACAUGACGGCAAUGGCGAAGGUUUCACUAACCGGACGAUCAAAAGUAACCGUCGCUGUUAUUACCGCAUUCCUGAUGCUAUGUUUUUUCACAACGUACCUGGCGUCGGAUGGACAUCAGCAGGAAGUUCAUCACGUGGUUCAAUACGGUACCAACUUUACUCAGUUGGCUUGCACACGUGAGCACAAUGCCAUCCGAGUUCUCGAAGCGCAUAAGCCGACCAGAACUGCCAAAUCGCCUAUAACCGUGAGUAGCCUCAUGUACCUCCAACCUGGGAACGAGCCUGUGUGUGAGGUUGGUCACAUUGAUCGCGGAUGCUACUGUAAGAAAGCCGUCAAUGUUUAUCCACCUGAAAGGAAAUUAUUGAGUCCAGAUAUUCGAAGAGCAAGGGGAUGCAAGAAACGCAGACCCGAUGCUAUCAUACCAGGUGCAAUGAAGAGUGGCACAACGGCUCUCAAAGCAUAUUUGGAAAUCCACCCAUCGAUUACAUUUCCAGAUAAAGAAUUGAAAUUUGCAAAUCAUCAUAAAUUAAAUGAAUUCGACCAAUAUAAGAACGUGAUGCCGUAUUCUACCCCCGAUCAGAUUGCUAUGGAGAAAACGGCUGGCUAUUACAACAGGAUAGCAGUUGCUGAAAGACUACGGAAGAAAAUGCCUGAUAUCAAGUUCAUCAUAAUUCUCCGUGAACCCAUAAACCGUGCAGUGUCAAACUAUAUGCAUGAGCUAGCGAUUAUUGCGAUGCAUCCAGGCGCUACAAAGGUUAAUGAACACUCUUCAGCUCCACAAUAUGAAAUCAAACCUACCUUUCGUGAGUCGGUCCUUUUUACAAAUGGAAGCCUCAAGGUUGCUAAUCGUCUCCUUGAUACGAGCCGCUAUGUCAAAUACCUAACACAGUGGUACAACAUCUAUCCUAGAGAACAGAUCCUUAUCUUGGACGGGGAAGAAUUUGCGCAGGAUCCCACCACAGGUCUCCAACAGGUCGAGGGAUUUCUGGGGAUCGAUCGCUACUUUGAUGAUACAAAGUUUUAUUUCAACGAGACGAAAGGAUUUAUCUGCCUUCGAGAUCCUUUUGAGAUGUGUAUGGCAUCAGGAAAGGGGAGACCACAUGAAGAAGUCGGUGAUGACUUAAAGAUAAAGCUACAAGAUCAUUUCAGACCAUUUAAUAGAGAGCUUGCAAACGUUCUUGGUCGAGAACUUAGUUGGACGAAUUCUUACUAAAUUAGAUAGCAUAGCAAAAGUCUAAGAGAAUGGAAACAGAUGACAAUAUCCUCUCGUAGAUAUGGAUACAAAUUUCUUUCACAGCAUAUUUAAAUGAAAACGUAUGUAUGGACAUAAGAGGAGGUGGUUCGAACUAUAUGCAUGGUUCCCGAAGUGACGCCAAAAUGCGAUUUUGUUUUCAUGAAGAGCAGCCACGAAGGAAAAUGGUCGCAUUCGCGUCACUGAGGGGACCAUUGUUUCACCAAACCUCCGAUCGAAGGCCGUACUUAGUUUAUUAUUAUUAUUAUAAAUUAUAUUACCAUAUUA